UUUAUAUGGUACCACUAGCAAAUCUUCUGCAUUUAUUAUAAAUAUGUAUCGAAUUUUCGUAUACGGCACUCUGAAGCGAGGAAUGCCUAACCACAGCUUGAUUGAAGACGUUCAAAAUGGAAAAGCUGUUUAUGUUGCUAAUGGCACCAUGGCCGAGAAAUAUCCGAUGGUCGUCGAGCCUAACUUUGGGAUUCCAUUUCUUUUGGACAAUCCAGGAGAGGGCAAGAACGUGGAAGGCGAAGUAUGGGACGUAGACUCCAACAUGUUAAAAAAGCUCGAUGGAAUAGAAAUGCAUCCCGAUUGGUAUACGAGAUUCGAAAAAGACAUUGUUGUCAAAGAUGAAGCCGCAGAGAGCAACAAGUCUGCUAUAAUAAAAUGUUGGACGUACAUUUUAUGUGACUUCAGUCCAAAGUUAACAACCUACAAGUAUCUAUCAACUUAUACAAAUGAGGAUGUUGUAUACAUUCCACCCAAUGAGAGGUUUUUGAAGAAUUUCGAUCCGUGGUCAAUGAAGAAAUGAUUUUCAUGACCCGCAUUCCCAUUGUCAGCAUGUUUCCAUCAAAACUUGGGACUGAAGUGUAUGUCGUUUCAAGCGUUAUAAACGAAUGAUAUGUGAGGUUACAUUAAUAUAAUUCGUUAAUUCAAAUAUAUAUGUAGCAAAGAGAUUCAGGCAAA